AUGGGCGAGAAUUUCCCUGGUUUUCAUGUCAUCUACUGCGAUGGCUCCCGCCUGCCCAGCCAGGAAUCCAGUGCUUGUGGCAUUUAUAUACCUUCACAAGAUAGAGCCAUAUCUUGGCGUCUGCACCCGGGGAGCAGUGUGUUGACCGCUGAGCUCACCGCCAUAUACCAUUCACUAGUUAUUAUUGAAUGUGACUCACAUCCCAACUGGGUCAUUUGCUCUGACUCUCGCUCAGCUCUGCUUCUCCUGCAGACACAAAAGGGCUUCCACAGCAGGCGCUCAUUAGUGGCCUACCGAAUCCGGGAGAAGCUCUGGAGACUUAAUGCAAAUAGACAAGUUAUACUACAAUGGGUGAAGGCCCAUGCUGGAAUUCGUGGAAAUGAACUGGCUGACAGAGCGGCCAAGUUGGGACAUGAGCUGAAUCAUAGCUCGCUCCAUCCAGUUGAGUACACCGAUAGAAGAUACUGGCUGAACAGACAAUUCCUUGCGCGUUGGCAGGCCAACUGGCGCCAGUAUGUUGCAGAUACAGGGAAGGGUCGCCAUCUGUUUACUCUCCGCAAUGAUUUACUCCCUGUCCCCUGGCUGCACACAAGAUCUAGACGUGUCUCAGUUGUACUGGCUCGCUUUUGGCUGGGACAUGUGGGUGUGAAUGCAUACAUGCAUCGCUUCUCCAUGUCAGACUCCCCCUUGUGCACCACCUGCAACCAGGAUGAAACAAUCGAGCAUCUUUUACUCGAGUGCAGUCGAUACAGUGCAGCGCGACGGAGACUGAAGCACGCCCUCUCUGGCUUAGAAAUCCAGACUCUGACCACACGAAUAUUACUGGGAGGAGGAGACUAUCAAAAACAAACACAGCACCUCAUAAUUAAAGCAGUUGCAGAAUUUCUCACAGGCACUGGUCGUUUGGAAACGCUGUGA